AUGACUGUUUCUUCCUCCUCAAAGAUCGUCCUAGUUACGGGUGCCAACCAAGGCAUCGGUUUCGAGAUAGCAAAAUCUCUGUCGUCAAAGCCAGGAUACCAUGUUCUUGUGGGCAGUCGUGAUACUCAGCGUGGAAUUGAUGCGGCCCAGCAGCUUCAAGAGCAGGGUUUUAGUGCCGAGCCCAUUGCCAUUGAUAUCACCUCUGAUAAGUCUAUUGCAGAAGCUGUCCAACAAGUAACAUCGAAAUUUGGCCGUCUUGAUGUAUUAGUUAAUAACGCCGGUAUAUGCCUUCACGACGAAAUGACCUCUGCCCCUUCGCUUCGUAAUUUCCACGAGACGUUUUCGGUUAACACUUUUGGCGCUACAAUCACAACCGAGGCGUUUAUUCCCCUUUUAACGGCAUCUGCUGCACCUCGAAUCGUCUUUGUAUCCUCUUCCAUGGGUUCGCUCACUCAGCGGUGGGGAUACCCAGCCGGUUGGCCAAUCUACUGCAGCAGCAAAGCGGCGCUUAAUAUGAUGAUGCUUCAUUAUGCUUUCAAGUAUAAAGACGCUGGGUGGAAGAUUAAUGCGACUUGUCCAGGGUACUGCGCUACCAAUCUGAAUGGCUUUUCUGGCAAGGAUACUCCGGCAGACGGGGCUUUGAACGCAGUAAGAUUGGCAACCUUGGGAGAUGACGGCGAAACAGGAACGUUUUCAAACAAAGAAGGGACUUUGCCUUGGUAG